AUGAGAAGACUCGGAAUUUCUCUGGGGUCAUUUAUUCUCAUUGCGAUUACUGUAGGCACUAUCGUUGAUUGCAGCACUGGCGCAGAUUCCAGGUCGAAAGAAACUCCCCAAGAAUCCGACAAUAAUCCCAGCCCCUCAGACACCAUAAUACUCCGUAAAAAACGACUAAUAAAAUACGAGGACCUUCCCCUGAGCAUUCGGAAACGCCUAGCAAAAAAUUUAGAAACAAUAUCAGAUUAUGAGGACGAUCUAGACGACGAGGACUCCGAGAACUUCCAAAGUAUAGGCAGACACAACCGAGGAUCUCCGGACAUCAAUGUGAAAAAUACAGUCCCAAAAAAGUCUCGUGUGAAGCGAGAUAAAAGCCUCCAAGAGGCCCUCCGAAAGAAAGUAAAUUUGGAGCUAGCGAAGUCCCAGCUUGAAAGAGUAGAGAAGAAGGUGGAGAAUGAGAUUAGAAGCUUGAAGAAGCGAUCGAAAUCCUCGAGAGACACUUCACAGAUAGAGAGAGACUCGAAGAAACGUCAAAUAAUUACUCCGAACAUUUCGUCUCACCCGCGUCUCCUGAAAAUUGAAGUGGACACUUUCGAAAUCGGUCGAGAGUCGCCGAAAGACACUUCUGGAAGUACUGACAGAUUUGAAAAAUCUGGAAUAGACGCCGCACCAUCACAAAGUAAAAUCGAGCUUCAGAAAGAAGUCAGAAGAGAAGUGUCUCUCUCUGAGAAUGAAAGCGAAGCUGAAAGCAAGGAUAAAGUUGAUUCGAAGGAACUUGAAGAUCAACUGCAGAGGAGAAUUGAAGCUGUGAAGGAGAAGGUCAAACGGGAGAGCGAGGAAAAUUCAAAGGUUAAAGAGAUCGAGGCGAAUAACGCCAAGUAUGAUGAAUUAAUGAGAUUGGAGGAGAAGGUGGAGGACGAGGUGAAUGACAGUGAGAGGGAGAAACGACUGGAGGAGGAUCUCCCUGAGGAGUCUGAUAGCGAUGACGCAGACGUCGCUGAGGAAGCUGACAGCCCCCAUGUGAGCAUUCGGAAGAGAUCAGCAGCUGCGUAUGAUGAUCUCGACGAUAACAACGAGAUUGAAGAGGAGAUCAAAUUAAGAAGAAAGGGGAAUCCCAAAACUCGAAAGUUCCGGAAAUCUGUGAUACCAGCGCCGAAGUACAUCAGCCACGGUGACAGUGGAAUCGAUUCAGAUCUGGAGAUUGAGAAGUCAGAGAGCCAGGCGAAUCGAUUUGUUCGUAGGUCCAAGGGAUUGAGUGAGGGUAAACGAAGAUUAAAGCAUUCCAAGUUUAGCGGGAUUGAGGAUGGACGUGAAAGUUUUUUGUUUCCUGGGCGAUUGUACUCGAGACAGCGGAGGGAGAUGAAUUCCCGGGGGAGACGGCUGGGGUCUUACAAGAGGAAGCGAGGGGGGAGACCCAGACACAAGCAUCGGAGGCAGAGUGGAGGCCUGGGUGGAGGUGAAGUCAAGGGAAGAUGGGAGAGGGCUGCUGACGAGCCUCUGGACGAGGUGCAGGCGGACUCCGUGGCUGAUCCAAACUCCAUGAUAGACCUUGCCAAUGCUCAGGAUUUGGGCUCACAGCUCGCUCCAGAGUACCAAGAGGCCUUCGGAGGUCUUCCCAACGAGCCCAGGGCUGCCUUGGCACGAUACAAGAGGAUCAAAAGGGCAUCUUAAUCGAACGAACACAAAAUAUUGAGAUAAUUAUUAAUGUAAUUAGGGUAAUCACAUG